UAACGGUUACCCGGUGAACGAAGUUCACUUUUUUUGACCCGCAAACUUUCCUAAAACUGUCAAGUUCAACUUUCACUUCCUGAGGCAACGCUGGCCGAACUUCACCAACAUGGUGCUGAAGUCGGAAGAAGGAGUUGUACCCGAUGACCUGAGUCCAGGGGAGCGUCAGGAGCUGGAGAGCAUCCGCCGCAGAAAACAGGAGCUGCUGCAGGACAUCCAAAGGCUGAAGGAUGAGAUCACAGAAGUGACCAAUGAGAUCGAAAACCUGGGCCUGACUGAAGAGAGGAAAAGCAUGCAGAGAAAUAAACAGAUGGCCAUCGGCCGAAAGAAGUUCAACAUGGACCCCACAAAGGGGAUUCGCUUCCUGAUCGACAGCUUGCUGCUGAAACACACGAGCGAAGACAUCGCACAAUUCCUCUACAAGGGGGAGGGGCUUAAUAAGACCGCCAUCGGAGACUAUCUGGGCGAGAGGGAUGAGUUGAACAUCAAAGUUCUGCACGCCUUCCUGGAGUUGCACGAGUUCACAGACCUGAACCUGGUCCAGGCUCUCAGGCAGUUCCUGUGGAGCUUCAGGCUGCCGGGCGAGGCUCAGAAGAUCGACCGCAUGAUGGAGGCGUUCGCCCAGCGGUACUGUCACUGCAACGUCGGAGUGUUUCAGAGCACCGAUACGUGUUACGUGUUGUCGUUCGCCGUGAUCAUGUUGAACACGAGUCUACACAACCCCAACGUGAAGGACAAACCGUCCGUGCAGAGGUUCACCGCCAUGAACAGAGGCAUCAACGACGGAGGAGACCUGCCCGAGGAUCUGCUCAGAAAUCUGUAUGACAGCAUCAAGAACGAGCCCUUUAAGAUCCCCGAGGACGAUGGGAACGACCUCACACACACCUUCUUCAACCCCGACAGAGAAGGCUGGCUGCUGAAGCUCGGAGGUGGACGGGUGAAGACCUGGAAGAGACGCUGGUUUAUCCUCACAGAUAACUGCCUCUACUACUUCGAAUACACCACAGAUAAAGAACCCAGAGGGAUCAUUCCACUGGAAAACCUGAGCAUAAGAGAAGUGGAAGACUCAAAGAAACCGAACUGCUUCGAGCUCUUCAUCGCCAACAACAAGGAUCAGGUGAUCAAGGCCUGUAAGACGGAGGCCGACGGCCGGGUCGUGGAGGGAAACCACACGGUUUACAGGAUCUCUGCUCCGACCGCAGAGGAGAAGAACGAAUGGAUCAAAAGCAUCAAAGCCGCCAUCAGCAAAGACCCGUUUUAUGAGAUGCUGGCAGCUCGGAAGAAGAAGAUCUCCACCCUGAAGGGGCUGUAGAACCAGCUGCAGGGACACUUGGACCCAGUUCAGACGCCUCUUUUGUUCCCGUCUGAACACUCGCCCUCAGCAGCGACGCUCCUCUUCUUCACACGUUUGACGUCAGAUAUUUGCCGAAGAAGCCAAACUUUGAUGUACUGUGGACCUUUAAACCCUCAGGUUUGUAGAAUCUGCUGUAAUCGCUGCUGAAAUGAGUCAUAUUGACCCGAGAGCCUUUUCACUCAGCCGCUGCUCCGGUUUGAGCACGUCCUGAAGAGAAGAGAGCAAACUGCACACAAGGUGGAGAGAUGAAGAGUGGCGCCGAGCUUGGAGCAGAACGCAAGAUAAAAGCAAGGACUUCCUAAACCUUCAUAAAUAUUUAUAAAACGGAG